GUUGUAACCACUAGGUGUCACUGUUCAGCUUUUCUUCAUUUAAUAGUAGUGUUUUCUCUAUUGUCUAAGGAGCAUAUAUUUCAGAACUGGUUUCAAAACACCACACGAUGCAGUCUGUAACGGUUGUUUUAACUGUCUGCCUGAUAUUAUACUUCACAUCUGUAUCUGCACAAAGACGAAACAACCGUUACGGCAAUCCAAAGCUUAGCGUCGAUAAUGAAUCCAGAUCUGCAAGAGCCAAAAUUAAUUUGUCGUGUGAUACUGGAAAGAUGUUGUUUAAAAUCAAUUUCGUCCAACCAUUUGGAGGAGUGGUGCAAGUAGGAUCAAAGGCAUCUAGAGAAUGUACCAUUCGAGGGGAUAGAGUUCGAACAUCAUAUGUUCUUUCAGUAAAUCCUGAUUCUUGCGGGAGUUGUAAGGAACAACGGUGCUCAACACCUGGCACAUUUGUUAAUACUCUCUACAUUCGUUAUCAUCCAACACUUGAGAGAGAUGGGGAUGAACUUAAAACCGUCAUUUGCAAGUAUCAAGCAGGAUCCAUUCAAGCUGGAUGAAAAUUUAGUCCAUUUCAAACAUUACUUGUCAUCAUGGAUUCGAUUUCUUCACACAUGCCAAAUAAACAAACCAUUUUCUAAAA